GGACCUUCAUGACAUUAGUCUGCUUUGGUGUCUUUCACAUUCCCAGCCAUCUGGACUAACCUGGCUUGGUGAUCGCAAGCUGGCUCUCUUUGACACCUAAGUUGGGUCCUCGUUGGGUGCCAAAGAUGCACCCCAUGAUGCCUGAUGACCAGCUACGAAGGGCCUUUGAGGUGGGCUGGUGACGGAUCAAAAUGCCUUGACGUACAAGGAGGCCAGCCAGUGGUGGGCGCGCAAGUUGGCCUUUGGGCAUGUCGAGCAGAGCAUCCGAAUCAGCAGUUUGCUUGGAAUUCUUCGGAUGGCAGGAUCCGAUGGAGGAGGCAUCCGUCUCUUUGUCUUGGUUCCCCAGGCGGUGGCACUUGUUCGCUGGCCUCAUGUGGCACCAGUGUUGGGCAACUGAUCAGCUCUGGAGACUUCAAGGCCAUUUGCCUGGGUGGCUGGAGGUGCUUGAAAAUUGAGGCCAUAGGCGACUUCGCGCUUGAUGGCACUCCGAUCCAAGUGGUUCAGAUGACUGCUAGAGAACGUGCGGCUCCGAGCCUUGCGCGACUGUUUGUGGCAGAUGCCAGCUGUUCUGGGGAGGCCUUUUGUGGGCCGCUCGCCGACUGCUAUGAAAGCUGCCGCCUGUCUGGUGAGUUCAACCAGGCUUGUUGGCAAUCAUCCUGCUGUCCAAGUGCUUCGAAGCCACACUUCAAUGAUUCGUCCUUCAACUACUACGUCUGCGGCUUCACCCAGAACGCAUGCAUGGACAAGUGCAACUCUCGCUUUCAAUCUCGCCGCUGUGGGGGCGAUGGCAAGACCUAUUGUCCACCAUUGGCCAACUGCUAUGAGGCGUGCCGCCUCAACAAGCACGUGUCAGCAUGCAGAAGCUUGCCUUGUUGUCCCAAGGAUGUGGACUCCUUCAACCAGUCGAUGGACGACUUCUACCGCUGCGAGCAUUCCCUCAACAGUUGCUUGAAAGGUUGCAACGAGGCACAUGAUGCCUACCGAUACUGUGAUGGCCGCAGCUACUGCCCACAGUUGGCUGGGUGCUACCAGGAGUGUCACCAGAUGGGCCUGGCUCCUAAGCUGUGCUCAUCUCACAGCAGCUGUUGCCCAGCCUUUCGCCAGGGCGACCGGGGCGCCACCGGCUACGCAGACUCCGCUUUGGGCUACUAUACCUGUGAUGAUGGUGUGGCAUGUCUGGAGCGCUGUAACGGCCGCUUUGCCUUUGAAGAGCCCAACAGCUUGCAGAACCGUCAUAUCCCACGACCAGAUGUGCUUCGGAUCAUUGCAACGCUUCAGGCAAAGGAUGACCCCCCACCGGGAUCGUCGCCCCUGGCAUCAGCCAUCCUGGUCCUCUCGGUGCUACUGAUCCUCGUGGCGGGUUUCUUCGCAUUGGUCCAAAGAAGGAAGCAGAUCCCGGCAUGGACAGGUCCUAUUGGCAGGGUCUUGCAUCGACAGCGCUUGGACUUUCUCCGCGUGGAGGAUGAGGAAGGGACGCUCUUCCAACGGCUGGAGCAGAGUCCCACUGAGGAGUUGGCGCCCCAUUUCGAGACUGCAGAAGCUCCACCCGAGGAGGAAGCCACUGCCCAGCGCAUUGCACCGGAUGCAGCACCUGAGGACUGCGCCAUGUGAAGUUUGAAGUGCAGACUUUGUGGCAGGCGCAGCACAUUGUGAACCUCGAAGUGCAGACUUCGUGGCAGGCACCGCACUUUGUGAACCUCGAAGUGCAGGCGCCCAGCGCUGCAGGCGAUCGGCGAUCGCUUCCCCAGACGGAUCCGACGGAGCAGGCGGAGGAGGCUCUGCCGGCAGCUACUGCAGAAACCGCAGAGCAGGAUUGUUUGCCGUCAGCAUGAAUCGAAAAAGAUCUUUUCAGGCAAAAGGUCCCAUAGUGUCCAUAUAAGCUAUAUGAUUGGACAAACAGA